CUCUCUCAGCCAUGGAAGAAACAGAAGAGGUGCAGCUUACCCAUGCCGCCCUUCGAUGGCUGGACGAGGAUGGCGCCCUAACACGCCUUCAAGCUACCCUCCACGCACGCGCCGCCCUCACGCCCAUACCCAAGGUCAUUGCCGCCCCUGUCUAUAUUGACCUCGCUCGCCUGCACGAAAUUAGCGAAAGCCUCGCGACGCUGGUGAUGGAAAGACCUCUACGUGCACAGAAAAUCUUCCACCACGUCCUGCAUGUCGCUUCAGUGGCCAUCACCCUUCAAUUACGAGCAUCCAAGGAAGAUAUUGAUGACCACUGCGCUCCAUUCCCCGCCAUGCCGCCGCCGGACCCCGCCCACCCUGCCUCUCUCUACCGUGACCACGACUGGAAGACACGUUUUGACGGGGAGGUCACGAUAGAUAAGGAGGAUCUGGACAUCACCCUUCACUCCCUGGCCUCUAACCUACCUCUUGAUGCUUCUGUGGCCAGCGAUGACCCACACUCCGUCCUCACCGCUGCGCAGAUUUACACGCCGCUGCGGGUGGGUGGGGUGCCGUGGGUGCCGGAGUGGGUGGUGGGCAGUGUGCGGGACUUACCCCUACACCUUCAGGCACCAAGGGUGUCACUGGUGGGAGGCCGUGUCCUCGCUGUGUCCCUGCCAUCCUCCUUCACGAAAUGGGUACGGUACUUGUGCAGCAAUCCAGGGUGUGUGGGGACAGCCAGGGACCUUCAUGUGAGGGUGUUUGUCAUGGGACGGCCUGAGUCAGACACUGUUCACCAUCGCCCUCCUUGCAGGAUCUGUUUCUCACCACUGUCAGAGGACCAAGCCUCAAGGGAGCUUGGCGAGAGAAUGACAGUGAUGUUGCUUCCCAGUGCACAGAGUCACGCCCUCACACGAGACACACCCAUCUGUGCCCAAGCCCUCAGGGUGGUGCUCAGGGAUGAGAUGAUGAAGGGAGUGGAGCCUGGCCAGGUCCUUGAAGCCACAGUGAUGGUGUCUCCCCAGAAGCUGCCACAUUUUCCCUCCCUGGAGGCUAUGUAUGUGCAUCCACCCAAACCCCUGCUGCCUCCUCCCACCCUUCCCCCAGUGUUCAGGAGCUUGGUGUCGGACAGGCAGUCAUCACCAUGGUCUCUCGUCCUCACACUGGCCUACAUGUUUGCUAGCUCUGACCCAGCCGGCACCUUCCACUCCCUCAAGCUGGCACUGCUGCUGUCCCUUGCUUCCUGCUCCACUAAGAAAGCAGGGUUAGCAGUCCUUGCUGUGGGCACCAACACCACAGUACUACUUCGUCUGCUGUGGUGGUGUGCCCGCUACGCCCCACACAGCAUGGUCCACUCCUCUCUUGAUCCUGUGACAGCCUCCUGCACCAGAGAGUCUGAUGGGGCGCUGUGGGUGCAGGGCGGGUCUCUCCUGCUGGCGCGUGGAGGUGUCUGUGUCCUUGGGGAGUUUUCAAAGUUCAAGAAGGAUGUUCGGAGGAAGGUUUGCAGAGUAUUGGAGAGUGGAGUGGUGCAGGUGGAUUGCAGUGCCCGUCACCACCACCACACAGGCCCCUCCCUCACCUACCCCCUCCGUGCCACUGCCUGGGCCUGCUACGACCCCGCCAGUGCCAAAGCCUCAGCAGCAAUGGAGACUGAGGAUAAUUUUCUACAUGUACCACUGGGAGAUCUCACUAAAUCCAUUACUGAUGUGUUUGGCCUGGUGGUGUACACUGAGACGCCUGGUGGAGAGUGUGAGAAGGAGGCGGAGGAGGUGAUUGCUUUCCACACACUGCUGGCCGCCAUGUCUCCCUCCUCCUCUUCCUCUGAGGACUUGUUGCUUCCUGAGGACCAAAUGAUUCAGUAUCUGAGGAUGGUAAGGAACGUGGCAGUGGAGUUCAGCCCCACAGCAGAGAGGCUCAUCAGAGGUUACUAUGUGGCCACCAGACGGCUACGAGGAGACUGUAUGCAACAGGGGUCUCUUGUCCCUGUCACUGCCAUACACACUCUCACUCAGGUUGCCUCCAGUCAUGCCCGCCUGGCUCUGCGCACCACCGUGGAGGGCUGGGAUGCUGCCGCUGCUGUGUUGCUGUGUGAGGAAGCCUUAGCAGCACACUCUGGCUACUCACUUCUUCAAGUCACUCCGACACCACACCUCUCACCCAAUGCUGAUCUUCAUACUCUUGUGGGCAGGAAGAAUGACGAACGUAUGGCCAGAUUUCAAAAGACACUGGAGGAUUUCAUUAGCACUCACACUGGGGACAUUCCUGGAGCCCUCUAAGCCCCACCAGGGCCUCAGGGAACCCAUAGGCACUCCUUACUAAUGACGUACUGUGCUGUGACAAACUGGCUACAAAAAUGUUGAGUUUGAAUGUUCACUUGUAUUUUCAAGGAAGGUAAGUUGAAUUAAUUGGACAGUCUUUACUUUAUUUUGUGAGAAUGUGGUUUUAUAUUCUGACUUCAGCCUUCCAUGUGUAUUGUCUAUUACUGAUUGUGACAAAUUAGAUAUAAAAUAUGUUUAGUUGUAUUCUCAAGGAAUCUUAGUUGAAUUAAUUGGAUGGUCUUUACUUUAUUUUGUGUGAGAUUGUGGUUUUAUUACCUGACUUCAGCCUUCCAUGUAUGCUGUUUAUUACUGAUUGUGACAAAUUAGUUAUAAAAUACAUUUAGUUAAGUCCAUUUAAGUUCCCUAAUCAUCUUGUUAUUUAACUGUAUGAAAUUAAAUAUGUACUUGGGAAUCAGGCAACCAGUGUUUUUAUCUUUCCCUCAAGCAGCCAGGCAGUCACGUGAUAGUAGUACGAAUGUGUUAAUAAGAGCAUGAAUGAAAUGAAUGAUAGAUGAAUGUAAGAAAGGAAUCAUGGGAUGGAAGAGUGAAUGUGUUAGUAAGAGUAUGAAUGAAAUAAGUGAUGUAAAGAUGAAUGUGAGUAAGGAAUGAAAUAGAUCUGUAAAUGUGUAAGAGUACGGAUUAAAUAAAGGAUGGACAAACGUGAGUACGAAAUAAUAGAAGUGUGAAUGUGUUAGUAGGAACAUGAAAGAGAUAAGUGAUGGAUGACUGUAAGGAAUAAUGGAAAAGAAAAGUGAAAAGAAGUGUGAAUGUGUCAGUAAGAGUAUAAACGAGAUGAGAUGUAGAAUGUUAGAUAAAAAUGAGUGUAAGCAUGGAAGAAAAGUUGUACAUAUGACUAAAUGCAGAGAAAUUGUAGAUGGAAUAGAUGUUAAGAGUUAAAUAUGUGUGCUGAAGGAAUAAUAGUUGUAUGCAUGACUAAGAGUACCUGGCAAUAAAGAACUCUAGAUCUCCAUGAAAAGUGUGGCUGUAUCUAGUCCAUUAACUGUUUGGAGAUGCCUAGAAAAGGGAAUGACUGAUGUAAUAAGAAUAAAUGCAAUGUGGAGAGAUCGGAGAAUAUACAUACUCUAAUAAUACCUGAAACUUAAAUAUAAAAUGAGGAUAAUGAAAAUCUAUGCAUUACGACAAUCAUUUAUGGAGCAACAUGAUAAAGUACACAAUAAAUUAUCAGAUGGACCAAAAAAAUAUCAUUGCUUCCAUACAACAUUAAAAAAAAGAAAACUGAGGCUGGGAAUAUAUACAAAAUCAAUUUCUCUAUACAAUUUUUACCUUAGUUUUUACACAGGUUAGCACAACAUGGCCAGAA